AUGCCAACGAAUGGGAUCCACCAGGUGCUGAAGAUCCAGUUCGGGCUGAUCAACUGCGAGAGCCGCUACCUGACGGCGGAGAGCUUCGGCUACAAGGUGAACGCCUCGGCGCCCAGCCUCAAGCGCAAGCAGAUCUGGACGCUGGAGCAGGAUGAAGCCGACAGCUCCAUCGUCUUCCUCAAGAGCCACCUGGGCCGCUACCUGGGCGCCGACAAGGACGGCAAGGUGCGCUGCGAGGCGGAGCAGCCGGGCCGGGACGAAGGCUUCAGCAUCAUCACGCAGUCGGACGGGCGCUGGGCGCUGCAGUCGGCCCCGCACCGGCGCUUCUUCGGCGGCCGCGAGGACCGCCUGUCCUGCUUCGCCCCCAGCGUGACCGAGGGCGAGCUCUGGACCGUGCACCUGGCCAUGCACCCCCAGGCCAACCUGCUGAGCGUCAGCCGCCGCCGCUACGCGCACCUGAGCGCCCACGAGGACGAGAUCGCCACCGACAGCAACCUGCCGUGGGGCGUGGACGCGCUCAUCACGCUCUGCUUCCAGGACAAGAAGUACAGCCUGCGCACGGCCGACGAGCGCUACCUGCGCUGCGAUGGCACCCUGGUGCCCGAGCCCGGCGCCGGCACCGGCUACACCCUCGAGUUCAAGGCGGGCAAGCUGGCGUUCAAGGACUGCGACGGGAAGUACCUGGCGCCCACCGGACCCACCGGCACCCUCAAAUCCGGCCGCAGCUCCAAGCCGGGCAAAGAUGAACUCUUUGACCUGGAGGAGAGUCACCCCCAGGUGGUGUUCACGGCGGCCAAUGGCAGAUAUGUCUCCAUCCGGCAGGGUGUGAAUGUCUCAGCAAACCAGGAUGAGGAGCUGAACCACGAGACCUUCCAGCUGCAGAUCGACCGUGACACCAACAAGUGCAGCCUCCACACGAACACCGGCAGCUACUGGACCCUGGUGGCCCACGGGGGCAUCCAGGCCGUGGCCACCGAAAUCGCUGCCAACACCAUGUUUGACAUCGAGUGGCGCGGGCGGCGCGUGGCCCUGCGCGCCAGCAACGGCCGCUACGUGUGCACCAAGAGGAACGGGCAGCUGGCGGCCGUCAGCGACACCGUGGGUGAGUGCUGGGGGGCACGGGGGGGACCGGGGCUGCCCCGGGGUGCUGAGGGCCGCGUGCUCGCAGGGGAGGACGAGGAAUUCACUCUGAAGCUGAUCAACCGGCCCAUGCUGGUGCUGCGGGGCGAGCACGGCUUCGUCUGCUACCACCGGGGCUCCAACCUGCUCGACUCCAACCGCUCCGUCUACGACGUCUUCCACAUCACCUUCAGCGACGGCGCCUACCAGAUCCAAGGCCAGGGGGGCAAGUACUGGUACGUGGCGAGCAGCGGCUCGGUGUGCAGCGACGGGGACCUGUCCGAGGAUUUCUUCUUCGAGUUCCGGGAGCGGGGCCGCGUGGCCAUCAAAGGGAAGAACGGGCGGUACCUGCGCGGGGACCCCGCGGGGACCCUGCGAGCCGACAGCGAGUCCGUGCUGCGGGCCACGCUCUGGGAGUACUGA